GCUUUAUAAAAUCCUGUAGAUACACGGAGUGAGGUAAGAGAUAGAGUCACAGUAUUUGUCAAAACACCACGAACUUCUGGUAGCGUCACGUAACUCCAAUCGUUGGUAUAAACUGAAGCGCGCAAGCGAAAAACUACUUUAUCAAGGUUGAUUCAGUGCCCGUCUGUCUACCCAUCCGGUCGUCUGCCCGACGCCGUGUGUUUAUGAUAGAUAUUCUUCAUUUCAUCUUAGCUAUUUAAUUCGCGAGUUCAUCCCGCGGCAGUGUACACCUUAAACAAAUAAGGCUGCACUCUGAGAAUAUGUGCCGUAACCAGCAGUAUUUUAUUGGGCAUCAUUCAAAUGAAUAAGCGUAAAUAAAAACAAACCAAAAAGAAAGCUUUAAUUCUUUGCUCAUUCAUGUUUAUAUACCUCAUGUUUAUGUAGCUCUAAAAAUUAACAUGGCUUUUAGAGGGCAGUAUUCAGCCAUGUAUACGUUACCUAUAAACCACUGCAGGUUGUGACACAUUCUCUGAAACAACCUGUUAAAUGAAUGUCCAUUCUGCCAUAAAAAAAAAAACUCGAAGAGAUACACUUUUGUCUUUCCCGCCUUUUUAUGUCUAUUUCUGCUAAGACCCUUUUAGUCCAAAAUAGCGCUAGAUCUGCGCAUUCUAAAGUGUUUCCGAAGUGGGUAACUUACGUAAGGAGAUUCCAUGAUUAACCAAUUUACUUUGUUAUCCCCCUGCAUAUCAUGCUAUUCUUGGUCCGGGCGAAAGGCUUUGGUAUCUAGAUCCUAAUGUGCCAAAAAACAUUACUUAUUCUCCGCUGAUAAUGUUCUAUCCAUUGACAAGGAUAACAUGGCGACCAAUCACCAUUGAAAAAAUAACAUCUCGACCAAUCAGAGAAGUUUAUUUGGAUGCAACUGUCAAUUGAAUGGUCUUCGCCUUUCUUUGAAAAUCGCCUGGGUACUAUAAGAAUCCCGAGCGAUGCCUGUCAUAUCCAGUGAGUGAUAGAGACUCGAUUCAAUCAAAAGCCAUCAAUGAUUCGAAAGUGGUGCGUUUAUACAUUAAAGAGAGCAAGAAAACGACGACUGCAAACACUCAGGCCGCUACUAGUCAGCGGCAGCGACGAGGGCAAAACUGCUGACCUGGAUGACGACGACGAUAACGAUAGCGGUAUAAGUAGUCAUGGUACCGCGGGAUCAGGGGCAUCACCAGACCUCUCCAAAACGGAGCUCGCAAUAAAAUUAGCAUCUGCGAGUCCAAGAUGCCCCGCGCGCUUAAGAGUGCGAGUCUUGUGGAAUUUUGAACCGGUGGAGAACUCGGAGCUAAAGGUGGUCAAAGGAGAAAUGGUGGUUGUCUUAUAUCGCGAAGAUGAUUGGGUCCUCGUUGUCAAUAGCAACGGACGGCGAGGGUUUAUUCCGUUUAGCUACUGCUCCUUGCCUUUGCGCAAGGCUGAGUACGGUGUAGAGUGCACUACUAUAACCAAUAAUCAAUUCAUUUCCGCCGGAAGUGACGUCCUUUGUGACCAAAUUUACACAAAAAGGAACACUAUGACACGAUGCUCAUCAGAGACGCAAAUGCAUGCCACUAAACUGAGCUCGUUACCAGGCUUUACAGGACUGAAACAAAGGAGCCAAAGCGACGAAGGGAUACUCGGCAAUGAUUCGUCGUCAUCAAGCGAAGAAGAAUCAUUUAGAAUUCGUUUUCUUUCGGACUUUUCUCGAAUUGAAAACAUUAAAAGUGUCCGAUCAACUCCAAAAAACUCGCCUGGAGUCACAAUUAAUGGGAGAAUACCUUAUUUAACUACGACAACAGUGUUGGACUUACCUGAGAAAGAUGUCUCAUUUCUUCAAGCCAGUCCGUCGGAUUUUCCCGAAGUCACGAGCUGGAAUCGGAGUGGUUCGGAAAGUGACGACCCUACUCCGACGCUCUUUCAAAAACUACCGCAUUUCAAAGCGAUGGUGCUGUAUGAUUUCGAGGCGUGUGCCGAGGAUGAUGUGAGCGUGACUAAGGGGGACGUUGUUAACGUCUUGAACAGGGAUGACGAUGACUGGUGGUGGGUUACCACGCCCAGGGGAGGAGAGGGUUUCGUGCCAUGCAGCUACCUCUCCAAGCACCUCAUCGCCAUGAAAGAAGAAACCCCCUGUAGUGUUGAGUCCGCGAGCUCUACCUCGGAGACCAGCAGUACGCAAGCCGUUCGGUUCCAGGACCCGCUCUGCACUUUUCACAGCUACGUGAAAGAGGACUGGGAAACUGAUUCCCAGGAAUCUUUCGGUGACGUGGACCACAGGGACCCCGAUAGUGCCAGCAUACUGGAGUCUAAAUAUAGCACAUGGUGUUGACACACUGGGCCGCUGAUAUCUUGUUUAUUUGUAUUGUGUGGAAUUUCGAGUGCUUUCUCUAUGGGUAUUUCCAUAGCGCUGCUGCCCAAGACAUUAGGGAAUUUUAGCAAGGGCAACGGCAAAGACGAAAGCGACUGCAAACAUUGGAAAAUUCUCUGAUACAUUUCAGUCGUUUCCCUCGAAACCACUGCCGGAGAAAAAACUUAAGAUUCACGACGCUGGAGAGUCUACGACAGCGCACAUGUUGUUUCUCCGCGCGCUAAAAGAAAAAUAUCGCCCGGUCAAAUCUUGCGUGUUUGCCGUCGUAGACUCUCCGCCAUCGUAAAUCGUAAGGUCCCCACUGUCUUUCGAGGACAGGGAUGUUUCCUCUGCAAACCCAACUAUCUGUUUUUCCCAAAGGCUCUAGUUUUCGUUUGAACUCUUUAUACGUACUAGUUUAGAAUUGAGGGCUUAAAGUUAAAACAUUUUCGGUCGCGUCCUUCUAGCCGUUGCCGUUUCGCCUGCUAAACCUCUCUACUGUGUUUUUGUAAGAAAAUUUUCUAGGCAGGAGUACUUGUCGUGUAAACUCUUUGCAGGAUGACCGCAAGAAAAUGCUGGGUCUUCUAGGUCAAUAUUCAUCUCUGUAAACAAGGUCCUAUAAAGGGGACGGUAUUUUGAUUCCAGGAACGGGAAUGGUAACUGGGUUUGAGGAAAACAGCGGCCGGGAAAGUUGGAUGACCUCAAAAUAGUGUCCAAAAACUAAGCUCGAAGUAUCGGGGUUGUAUUGUAUGUUUAGUUGACUUGAAAGUGUGCGAGUGAAAUAUAUAAAAAAACGUGA